AUGACCACCGAGCCUUCGGGAGAGGCCAGCGCCUCCAGCAACCCCCCACAUGGCACUCCCGAGGCCUCCCUGGGCAGCGUGAGGGGCAACCAGUCUAUAAACAGCGCAGUGGACGGGUCCCAAAGCCAGGAAAGUGGCACCGUGGCACCAAAUCAGCAGGACGUCAGUCAAGCCUCCAUCCAGCAAGACACCUUGGAGGCCAAGUCUGGGCGCGUCCCAGAGGACAGCCCGGAGCCCAAAGCUGUCACAUCUCUGCUCCUCCGUGAAGCCCCAGGUGCCCUACAAGUGUCCAGGAGCAACCAGAACCCGCUGUUGGACAUGGUGGUUAAAGAUGCAAAGACGAGUCACAGUGACCUAACUUUGCAAGGGCACUCCCUGAUCGAGGAAGAGAGGCCACAGAGUGAAGCUGGCCCCGGCGGGAGACAGGAAUUAACUCCAUCUUCCCCAGGUGCUGACACACAGCCAGCUGAGAACGCUACUGGUCAACCCGUCAGUCCCGCUGCCCAGCCCACUGCAGACGCCGCGGGUCAGCCUGACACUCAGGCCUUUGGCAACACUGAGGCCACUCAGGAGCCAGUUGGGAGCCUACAGGCCGUGACCCCUGAAACGAAAGCCACAGUGGUUCCUGAGAAUCUGGUGGAAAGCUCAGACGGGCUACCGGCUGAGUCCUUCCUGCUGUCCCCAGGGAGCAGCACGCCCCCCUCGCCUGCCCCAUGCCCCGUGGCCCCGGGGAGGAGGCCCCUGGACUCCAACCUGUACAUGGCCGAUGAGGAGAACAACUACAUGCGCUCUAUGACCAGCUUGCUGGGUGGGGGCGAGGGCUCCAUCAGCUCCCUGGCAGACAUCCUGGUGUGGUCUGAUACUGCCGUGGGCAUGGCCACGGGCUUCCUGGCCACCGGCCACAGCUCUGUGACGGAUCUGCUGCAGGGCACGGGGCCCAGCCUGCACUCGGCCUCCAGCAUCCUGGGCAGUGCCAGCUCGGCCUUCUCCUCUGGGCUGGCAGCGGGCACGGGCUCGGCUCUGCGCUCAGUCACCAACAUGCUGGAGACAGUUGAGCGGCGGACGAUUGAGGGCAUCCGUUCAGCCGUGCGCUUCCUGACCAGCCACCUCACCCCCCACCGGGCCCCGGCUGGCCCCACCUGUGACUAG